AUGGUCAAUAUCUUUAAGCGACCCAAGGAUGCCUCCGCCAACCCCGCGCCUGCGGAGGUCUACAACUGGAGGAUCUAUGGCCUGGCGGCUUCCGCGGCCAUGGGGUCCGCGAUGUUUGGAUACGACUCUGCGUUCAUAGGAGGUACUAUGUCGCUUCCAUCCUUUCAGAGUCGAUUUGGUCUCGACUCAUCGACAGGCACCGACCUUGCUGCGCUCAAAGCCAACAUCGUCAGCACAUUUCAGGGUGGAUGCUUCUUUGGUGUCUUGUUGUGCUACUACUUGGUUGAGCGGCUGGGCCGUCGCUGGGUGCUCAUCGGUUGCGGCGCGCUCUUCGACCUUGGCGCGAUCUUACAGCUCGUUGCCAGCGGUAAUUUAGCCCUAAUAUACGCCGGCCGAGUUCUGACAGGUCUUGCCGUUGGUUCUUCGUCUAUGAUCAUUCCGGUUUAUAUCUCCGAGUCUGGCCCCCCUGCGAUUCGCGGGCGCCUUAUCGGAGUAUUCGAAAUCUUCUUGCAAUUCUCUCAGAUCAUCGGCUUCUGGGUGAACUACGGAGUCAACAUACAUAUUUCAGGAAGCUCUGACACCCAAUGGCAUGUGCCAUUUGCACUGCAGAUUAUCCCUGGCAGCCUUCUGUCCAUUUGCAUGUUUCUUCAGCCUGAGUCUCCUCGCUGGCUUUUGAACGCCGGUCGCACUGAUCAAGCGCGAAGAGUUCUUCAACGCCUGCGAAAACUGCCUGCCGACCAUCCAUAUCUGAACUGGGAGAUCAACACGGUUCUACAACAGAUCGAGGAGGAGACUGCGAUGGGUGCGAAUAGGGGCCUGUUGGAGAAACUGCGGGAGAUUAAGCUUCCCACAAACAGACGCCGUCUUCUGUUGGGCAUUGCCCUAAUGUUUAUCCAAAACAUGUCUGGCAUCAACGCUCUUAAUUAUUAUUCGCCCUCGAUUUUCCAAUCCAUCGGCUUUACUGGCACUAGCGUAGGUCUUCUGGCUACCGGCAUUUUCGGCAUCGUCAAAGCAUUUGCUACGAUGCUUUACAUGAUAUGGGGCGUCGACGCCCUCGGCCGUCGGCAAUCCCUUAUGAUCGGUUCGACCGGGGCCGCGAUCGCCCUGUUCUAUCUAGGAGCAUACGCGAAGCUGUCUGGAUCUUUCGAGGCCGGUCAGUUGUCUGCAGGCGAUAGAACACCUGGUGCCUAUGUCGCUAUCGUAAUGAUCUACAUCUUCGCCGUUUUAUACGCCAUCUCAUGGAACGGCAUUCCAUGGAUCUUCUGCGCUGAGAUUUUCCCCAUGGGUAUCCGCUCAAUCUGCCUGGUCUUCACGACUUGUGCUCAGUGGCUCGGUCAGUUCACGAUUGUCUACUCGACGCCUUACAUGAUGGCGGACAUCACGUAUGGCACGUUUCUGUUGUUCGCUUGUUCUGUCGUGUUUGGAUUUGUCUUCACCUUCCUCCUCAUUCCAGAGACCAAGGGUAUCUCUCUUGAAGACAUGGACGUGCUGUUCACCCGCAAGGGCAUGCCUCGCACUUGGCGUCGGCAGACUGAGGAGAUUAUCAACCAGCGUCGAGCUGAUGGCCAUGCUGAUGCUUUGGGACGUGACGAGAAGGAGAUUGCAGCGUCUCACCAUGAAGCUUAG